AUGUUGCGAAGAGCUCUACUUCUCUGUGGUCUCGUUGGCCUGUGUCUCAGCUCCGUGCUGAAAAUUUACCCGCCAUUUCCGGAUCCCCAGAUCGUCGGAGGAACUCAAGCGGACAUCAGUGAGCAUCCGUAUCAAUUGAGUUUUCAAACUACCAGCCAUAUUUGCGGUGCCUCGAUCAUUAGCAGUAAAUGGGCCAUCACCGCGGGACACUGUGUCGGAUCGGCCCCUAGUCGGUACACACUGCGAUCCGGUAGUAGUGACAAAAAUUUGGGUAACGCUUACAGCAUAAAGAAUAUUAUUCGACACCCCAGUUACAAUUCGAGAACUAUCGAUUAUGACAUCGCCCUUCUCGAGAUUGAUGGUAAGUUUAAGCUCGAUAGUACGGCGGCUCCUAUAAAAUUGGCAACUACAGAACUUGCGUCUGGAACUUUGGUAAACGUGACUGGUUGGGGAGCCACCAAGGAAGGUGGAUCGGUUGCACCACACUUGAUGCGAGUAACUGUUCCCAUAGUUAGCAGGCAGCAGUGCAAUAACGUUUACAAAUAUCUGAAUACAAUCACAGACAGAAUGAUAUGCGCGGGUGUUACUGCUGGCGGCAAGGACUCAUGCCAGGGUGACUCAGGUGGUCCGCUAGCAUCCAACGGUGUCCUCUACGGUAUCGUGUCCUGGGGCUAUGGCUGCGCGCAACCGAAAUACCCUGGUGUUUAUUCGAACGUGGCAAAUCUUCGAUCUUGGAUCAAAGAAACCAGUGGUAUUUAAUUUAAGAAACGUCUGGUUAUAAGAAUAUAAGAUCAUACAGUAAAGAGCAAAGCUGACUCAACCCCUUUUAAAACUGUAUAAAUUUUUUAUAAUCGAACGAAACGAUCUCAGUUUUUUCAGUGAUUAGAUGGAUUAAUUUACUAGAUAAUGUGUAAAGAAAAUUAGUUGAAAUUAUAAGAAAAAGUGAAACUUCUUCAACCUUUUCAUCCGUGUUUGGUAUGAGUA